AUGACGCUUCGCCAAAAGUCGGAGCAGUCCUCACUACCAAGAGAAAAUGGCGCGGGUCUCGAUGAAGCGUCACUGGAGAGGCUUGGAAGGGAGCGACCACCAUUUUUCUCGGGCGCGUGGCCAGAAGUCGCCUUUUGCUUCUCCAUCAUUAUGUCGCAAAUUCUGGCGGAGUAUUACAUAUCAGGCUCAAAUGUCCUUUUACCGACAUUGAUAGAAGAGUUGGAUUUUCCCCCCGCAUCCGCGAUUUGGCCGUCAACCUCGCUAUCUCUAGCCGUAACUUCAACCUUGCUUAUCUUCGGUCGACUCACGGAUAUGUUCGGUGGUUAUGCAAUCUACAUUGCCGGAGCCGGAUGGCUGACGAUAUCGUCAAUUUUAUGCGGAGUCUCACAGUCUUGGCUCAUGCUAGUCAUUUUCCGAGCUCUGCAAGGCCUGGGUCUCGCGGCAUUUCUCCCCUCCGGUGUCAUGAUUUUAGGGAAAACGUAUCGACCCGGCCCUCGGAAAAACUUUGUUUUCAGUCUCUAUGGCGCCUGUGCUGCGCUGGGGUUCUUUAUCGGUAUCUUCUUCUCUGGGCUCUGCAGCCAGUAUCUUAGCUGGCGGUGGUAUUUCUUCAUUGGCGCUAUCCUAUCCGCCAUCACUACGUUGUCAUCGAUAUUUUACAUCCCUCGUGACUUCAAAGAAACGAGGGGCAAUGGUGCAACUAUGGACUGGACCGGAUUGGCAUUAUCAGUGUCAGGCUCAGUCCUCUUCGUCUUCGCUAUCGCCCACAGUUCCUAUGCCCCGGAGGGAUGGCGCACCCCAUAUAUCCCCGUCUGCCUUGUACUCGGCGUUUUGCUUCUUGCGGCGUUGACCUACGUGGAAGGCUGGGUAGUCAAGAAUCCGCUUCUGCCAGGGGACAUAUUUGCCGUAAAGUACAUGAAGCCACUUGCAAUUGCCCUGCUCUUCUUGUACGGAAGUCUCGGUGUAUUUCUCCUCUACGCCGUUUUAUACAUGUCUGACUUCAUGGGCGCCACCCCCUUCCAAAUGGUCGCCUGGACCGUGCCCAUGGCCGUCGGCGGGCUAAUACUCUCCUGCGUUGGCGGGCUUAUAUUCCACCGUGUUUCGGGUACGAUCCUCCUCAUGAUAUCCUGCCUCGGCUACGUUGGUUCAGGCUUGUUCUUCGCUGUCGUCCCGCAAGGCGGCAAUUACUGGGCGUUCAUAUUUCCCUCGAUGAUUUGCGGGACAAUUGGGAUUGAUAUCUCUUUUAACCUCGCAAACAUUUUCAUUACGACUAAUAUGCCGAAAUCGAAACAGGGCCUCGCGGGGGCACUCAUCAAUUGUACUCUUCAUAUGGGGAUUGCGGUGAUGCUGGGUUUCGCGGAUAUUGUGCAUACCGAGACCGGGUACCUGGGAGCUAGGAAGAGCUACAAAGCAGUCUUUUGGUACGAGGUUGGAUUGGCGGCUUUUGGACUAGUCGUUGUAGCGCUUUUUGUUAGGAUUAAAGAGGCGAAGAGCGAAUUGACUUUUGAUGAGAGGGAGGCGCUCGCUGCAGAGAAAUCUUUCUUGCUUGACUAG